AAGCAGCAGCAGAGGACAGGAACAGCUGCUUGCCUAGGCCAUGUGGAUCUUUGCUGCAGUUUAUUCUCGGUUUUAUCGCAUUUUGGAGUUUUAUUUAUAGCUCUUCAUAGCGGCUACAUUUUGAACACAGUAACGUAUACAUCCAGUACACAGUAAGAGGAUAUAUUACAGAAUUAAUUAAAAAAGAUAAACGAUGGCUGCCCCAGCGCAAGGCGAAGACAGCGAUGAUGGCAUGGAUGAGUUUAUGGAGAAGUUUAAAGCACAAAAAUACAAAAAUGCGUUUAAUGAAAGCAACUGGGAGGAGGAGUUUAAUAAGGUACCCAUGUUCAUGAAGACAGCCCCGGAAAACAUAGACCCCGAGAAAAACCCCGAUCUCGCCUGCAUUCAGUCUAUAAUCCAUGAUGAUGACAGAACACCUGAAGAGCAAGCCAGAGGUUUGAAGGAUGAGGGGAAUGAUUACUUUAAGGAGAAGAAUUAUAAGAAAUCUGUAGUGUCUUACACAGAAGGAUUGAAAAAGAACUGUAUGGAUCUUGAACUCAAUGCAAUUCUAUACACCAACCGUGCAGCUGCACAUUUCUAUUUAGGAAAUAUGCGGUCAGCUUUAAAUGAUGCCACAGCUGCAAAGAAACUCAAGCCAGACCACAUUAAAGCCAUAAUAAGAGGAGCCCAGUGCUCAAUGGAGCUGCGUAAUUACGCUGGAGUAUUGCAGUGGUGUGAUGAAGGUCUCAAGCUGCUUCCCACCGACAAGAAACUACUGGAGCUGAGAGCCACAGCAGAUAAACUGAAGAGAGAAGCUGACAAAGAUGCCAGAAAGGCAAAGGUUAAAGCAAAAAAGGAGCAGAAUGAGAAGAAAGCAUUGUUAGCUGCCAUUAAGGAGCGUGGCAUCAAACUUCUGAAGACCGAGCUGUCUCGACAUAGGGGUUCGGACAGUGAGGAUGAUGAUGGCCAUGGAGGAGCAUCUAAAGCUCUGGCUGAUCUGGAGCUUGAUGGAAUGGGCUCUCAGGAGGCCACAGGAGCUUGUGUUUUUAUGGAUGAGCAGGGAGUCCUCCACUGGCCAGUGCUGUUCCUCUACCCUGAACACAGCCAGACGGACUUCAUAUCUGCCUUCUGCGAGAACUCCAGCUUCAUGGACCAUUUGGCAGUUAUGUUUGGUGAAGAGCUUCCUCCUUGGGAUACAGAAAGAAAAUAUCAGCCGCAAAAUCUACAGCUUUUCUUUGAGGAUCCUGAAAAAGGACAUCUUUAUCAAGUUGAUCUUGAAAAGUCACUUCUUAACGUUCUUCAGCACCAAAGGUGCUUUUUGAAGGCAGGAUCGCCUAGUUUCAUUGUGUUGGUUUCAGGCUCUCCGUUUUCUAAGCAGUUUUUAUCAGGAAAAAAGGUCAAGAGAUUGAAAUGAUUGAAAUGUUUUGUUUGGACCUUGAAAGACUUUAAAAGCCUUGGUCAUAAAUCUCAACCUCCGGCUACUAAGGACAUUUCUGCUCACCCCACCCCUUUAGAAAACACUGGAGAUGGAGGCAAAAA